AUGCUACUUAUCAAAAUCGUUGUUGGUCUGUGCCUUGUUCUCCUGCUGACAGUUUGCGAAUUAAAUGCCGCUGAAAAACAAGAAAGAGAAGCACGAGUUAAACGUGGUGAUCCUCCAAAAAACAGUGCAGCACCAUCGUGGGUUAAGAAUGAUGGGUGGCUCCGUACGAUCAAAUGGAGAGACGACGAUAAUUGUACAUCCUGGACAACGCGGCUCUUUGACACAAAAUAUGGAAAUGGAAAUUAUGCCAAAGGACCAAACAGUGAAUAUAACAAAACACAAAAGGAUUGUGUUCGUGGUGGUUUAGCUAUACAACGUGAAUAA